UAGACAGCACCCAGCAUGGCGGGCUAUGUGUACACCCCAUAUAAUGCCUACCAGGGGUAUGGGGCAGGAUUCGGUCAGGCCCAUCACGGCCCCGGCUUACAGCCCCCAGCCAAGUUUAAGCAGGCGGGCUGGAAAUCAGGAAAGUCCUUGGACCCAGCCGACUACCUGGAUAACUUCCAGCGGGCCCAGCUAAAGGCCAUCCUGUCCCAGGUGAACCCCAACCUCACCCCGCGGCUCCGCAAGGCCAACACCAAGGAGGUGGGGGUGCAGGUGAACCCGCGGGUAGAGACCGGGGUGCAGUGCUCCCUGGGGCCCCGCACCCUCCGCCGGCCUGCCCCCCCUCUCAGCCCAGUCAGGGCUCCCCUGCACUUUACACGCCCCGUGGCAGUCUACUCCCCGGUGUUAGACCGCAGGGUGUUCCCGGCUCCUCCUGGAGGCCGACCAGCCAGGAAGGAGCCUCCACCUCCAGGGAACGCCAAGCCAGGCCAGCCCCCGGCUCCACACCCAGGCAAGGCCCCGGACAAAGAGCCUGAGCCAGCCAGGCCCCAGGAGCAGACACCAAGUGGGAGCCAGGAGACCGGCAAGGUGGAAAUCCUGGACAAAGAGAACCGGGAGGAGCAGAAACAGUCCACCUUCCAGUUCCUUGAACAAAAAUAUGGCUACUUUCACUGCAAGGAAUGCAAGACUCGAUGGGAGAGCGCCUAUGUUUGGUGUGUCUCAGGAAGUAACAAAGUUUAUUUUAAACAACUUUGCCGCAAAUGCCAAAAAGGAUUCAAUCCAUACAGAGUUGAAGAAAUUCAAUGCCAGGUAUGUUCAAAAACACGUUGCUCUUGUCCACAAAAGAAAAGGCAUAUAGAUCUCAAAAGACCUCAUCGACAAGAACUGUGUGGCCGAUGCAAAAACAAGAGACUCUCGUGUGACAACACCUAUAGCUUCAAAUAUAUUGUUUGAAGUGGUGUAUCUCUGUAGAAUCAUGACUUGGCAUAGACUCAUGGCUUUGGACCUGGCAUUGUAGACCGGAUUAAGGAUUUCUGUAUCUGUUGUAAAAUGGCAACACUUUGUAUACACUGUAAAUAAAGCUAUUUAAAAAUAAAAACUUAAAGUAAAUUAACCUAUGGAAACUACUGCAAGCAAUA